AUGGAGCGUGCCUUACAGGCGCAGCACGUUCCAAAUAACCACUAUGUGGAUUUUGCCGCAUAUCAUCUUGCGGGAGAGGCUCAGCACAGGUGGCAAGAAGAGUGCCGCUUGUUCCAGCUUCAGAAUGCUGAUGUUCCUUGGGACGUAUUCCAAACGACCUUCUACAUGAAGUACUUUCUUAAGUCUGCAAGGGAAGCGAAGGAUAUAGAACUGAUGCAGCUAAAGCAAGGUUCCCUGUCUAUGGCAGACUACACAAGCAAAUUUGAGGAGCUUUGUAGGUUCUAUAGGGUGUGUCAAGGUGUCCCGAAGACCUAUGAAAGCUGGAAAUGUAUCAAGUAUCAGAGGGGAUUGAAGGACAACAUCAUGACUGCUGUGGCUCCUAUAGAGAUUCAUACUUUAUCUGAUUUGGUGGACAAGGCGAGGGUGGUUGAGGAGUAUGCCAAGACAGUAGCUUCGUCCAAGGAUACUCAUGGAGGGAACACUAGUAAGGGGCGUGGCAAAUAUUUUCAUCCGAGAGGUCAGAGUUUCAAGAGAGGAGGAUAUGCGCCUCAAGGGCAAGGAGGUUUCAGAAAGAAUGCUCAGAACCAGUUUCAUUAUGCCAAAGAGAGAGGAAAUCAGAGUAAGAUUUCUCCAGAUUUGACUUGUGUACGUUGUGGGCGUUUUCAUCUAUAUGACUCUUGCAAGAUUGGUUUAGGUGGUAACUUCAACUGUGGCUUGCUUGGUCAUAUUGCGAGGGAUUGCACUCGUGGGAAGAACCCAAAUGCGGGUCAGAGUCAGCAUCAAGGUCGAGUUUUUGCUGUGAAUGCCAAGGAUGCUUCUAAGGCGGAUACUUUGAUGAGAGUUGAGGAACUAGGUCUGAAAGUGUCAAAGUUAUCAUUUGAAUUGCAUGUACACACUCUGCAUCAGACGGUGGUGACUAGGUCAGGUUGUAGACAAGUAGGAUUUAGGCUUGAGGGUAGAGACUUUGUGCAUGAUUUGAUCUGUUUACCAAUGAUUAGGUUGGAGAUGAUUUUGGGGUUUAAUUGGUUGUUGAAGAACCGAGUUUUGUUGGAUUGCUUUGAGCAGUCAAUUCAGUUCAUGCCGAAAGAAGAAUAUGGAGCAGUGAUAGCUAAGGGUUAUUACCUGAACUCUGUAAUGGUGCACUGUAGUGAGGAAGAGUGCCAGGGUUAUAUCUUGUUGACUGCUAAUGCUUUGGGAGAUACCCAAAACUUAGAUCAGAUUCCGGUAGUUAGAGACUUUCAGGAGGUAUUCCCGGAUGAUAUCCUUGAGUUCCCACCUCAAAGGGAGAUUGAAUUUGCGAUUGAACUGGUGCCGGGAGUCGGGCCAGUAUCGAUUGCACCAUAUCGGAUGGCUCCGAUAGAGCUGGCAGGACUCAGUUAG